UCUCGUGACACCGUAGCGAAUGGAACACAUCCAUAAAACCUGGACCCCAGAUGGUUGCAUAUAAUGCCCCUGCCCACUUUAGCAUCAAGGACUGUAGCAUGCAUCUGAUUGCUCAGCCCACUAGUCCACUACCUUUGCCUCUACACAGUAAGCCAUGGCCCAGCAAAAUCUGAUCUGAAUCUGGCUGCCUCCCUUUACAGCCACCAGCCCACGCACCUUGUCCCCUCUCAGCUGCUACUAAGUCCCGUAUCUCUGUGCCUAUAUAUUCAGGGGCCAAGACACCAUCACUUCAUCAACAAACUCACAGACCAAAGCAUUUCUGAGCCAAAAACCUGAGAACCAAGAACACCCAGCCAUGACCAUGAUCCACCCCAAAAGGCUUGCUCAGUUGGUGAGGAAGUGGCAAAGGGUCAAGGCGGCAUCGAGAGACGACGAAGCAUGCUGCACGACAUCGCCGGUCGCAGAUAAAGGUCACUGUGCCAUGUACACAGACGAUGGGAGGCGGUUUGAGGUCCCGUUGGCGUAUCUCGGCACGACAGUCUUCGGCGAGCUGCUAAAGAUGUCCCAGGAAGAGUUUGGGUUCACACGUGACGGCAGGAUUACGCUGCCCUUCGAUGCGGUAGUGAUGGGCUAUGUUAUGUGCUUGCUUAGAAGAAAUGCAUCGGAAGAAGUAGAGAGGGCGCUCCUGAGCUCUGUAGUGAUGCCUUGCCAGUAUCCAAGCUGUACAGUUCCACAUGCAGCGCUGCACCAGCAGCUUGCAGUUUGUAGCUCCUGAAUAUAUGCAGAUUUUUUGUCCCU